UCAAACAAAUUCAACAGUCAAAAAAUUGUUCUAUGAUGGUAUUUCUCUCGUUAGAAAAACCACAAAAAAGUGAAUAAAUUGAUCUACAAUUUCACGUCGUGUGGUAGAGAAUAAUCUAGGCAUCAUUAAAAGCUCACGUGUGUGUGUCGUUACAAACAUUCUUUCAAAUCUGGAUGAAGAAAUUAUGAUUGCUGCGUCUGAGCCUUUGGAGUUUGUGCCACACGGCAGAACAGUGCUGGCGAGGCACCCGGGUCAGAUAUACAGCAAGCACAACACGUCAGCGUCGGAGAACUCCUUGCUGUACAAGCUCACCAACUUUGCUAUUAAGGAUGAGAGCUUGUUGGAGGCUCGGGAUGCUGAAGAACAGGAGUGGUGGUGCAUCCGCGAGGUUUACUAUAGGAGUACUGAUGAUUUUGAAGAUGAACCACAACCAAAAGACUCCAAGUAUGAGUACAACUCGGAAUCAUUUAGGGCCCCAAGUCGGCUCAAACAUGACUUCAACAUCUCCAUCAAGUCGGAACUUAUUAGCGGGAUGAAGAAGAUGGAUGCGGAAGGUUUGAACUCUGCUGGUCCUUCCCGAGGGGGUAGUGCUAAUAGUUCCAGCAAUAUGUCCAAGAAAUUUAACCUGACGUCUGGUCCGAGUAGGAGUAGUAAGGCUGCGAUAAACCCAAAGACUGAUUGCUCCUAUGAAGAGGAGUUGUAUGUGAAGGGAUGUACUGCUGUUUGGUCUAAAGGCCUCAUCUCCACACCAGCAACAAAGUUAUCAGACCCAGAACAUAGGGAAACAAUAGCAUGCUACACCAUAGAGAAUCCUAUAAAACACGCCGCCUUCUGCAAUUUUCACAUUGACAUCAAGAACACUAUGCUUAUAGAUGCUUUGAACACACAGAUAGGCGAUGUUAAGAAAAAUAUUAAGAUUGAAGAUACCACCGAACAUAUACAGACUAAAAUUAUGCCAGCUAUACUGUUAGUUGAUAAUAAGUGCAUGAAAGUAUAUGCUAAUGAAGGACGGGAAUACAUAACCAGUAUACCGUUCCAAGUGAAAAAAGUUUGGCCGAUGAAGUAUGGAGUUCUCCUUGAAAAGGAGGCUACACCAUUGACCCAAAACUCUAUCCUACCGAAUUCUUUUUUGAAAUUCAAUGAUUCACAAAACAGUACUUUUUCGAAGUCUAAAUCGAACUAUCCGUUUAACAUGAGUUCGAAGUUACGCGCAGAUUCUUGUGUGUCUGGCUUUGAACAGGAUGUUUCUUUACCUACUUGCUUCUCUUUGACACACCCUUUAGAUGAAGUGACUCCUAUUUUAAUGAAGUCUCCAUCACAAGGUCUUCAGUACUACAAUGAUGGAGAUAUGCAGAUAUUCUUUGUGAGCUCAAACCCCAGUAUAAUAUUGCUGUACGACUGGAAAUUGGGUACCCAUUCUCUAUGGCGGAUCAGGAAGACUUUGCGAGAUGAGUGCUUAUCAAUGUGCCCAAAUAUGAACUCAACUACUACAGUCUUUAGUCAGUCCUGUGACUUUGUCGGUAGUCCUAUGCAAAGCCAGAGGAAUGUCACUAGUUGGGCAACUGGUUUAGGAAGCCCGUACCAGUCUAAGAAAAUGCCUGGUACUCCAACAAUGUCUCGAUCAAGAAUCAACAGUCCCAUGGCCAACGUUUUCCACCAGCAAGGGUUAUCACCUCACGCUUCCAUCGGUCAAGCAUCCUACACAUCGAUGAUGGCUAACAAUGGUCCUCAAAACCCACCAUCAUUACCGUUGUACCCAGACAUAUGUCUGGACCAUAUCUGGACGGACACCCAGACAAUUCGGAGAGAUCCUAUCGAGUCAGCAAGUGAUAUGAAAACCUUUUUGCAUACUGACCUUGUUGGUCAUGAUUAUUUAUGUUUUAUUGUGAAAGUGGGAGGUGUAAGUAGGUUACAAAUAGUGAGAUUGCAAAGGUCCCAUUCUCUUGGGCAGACCUCUAAGACGAAUUUAAUGGUGGGUGCGGUUUCUACGGUGCUGGCUAAAGAUGCAGUGGUGUUGGAACAUUUGAAUAUGAUAGCACUUAUUGAUGAAGCGGGAAAUAUCAUUUUGCAGUCUGGUAAUCAUGUUGUUGGGAAGGUCCACGUAGGAGGUGUUCUAGCCCGCCUAAUAGACUCACCAUACACCAAACGGGCGACCUUCCAGUCUCCAUUCCCUCGUCGCAGCAGUCUGCUCCCCAGCCGGUGUAACGAGGCUUCCUUCGACGACUCAGCGCUGCAUCUCCUGUCGCCAGUGCCUCAUACUUCAGCGGCCAGGCUUGAGCAGAAAGAGAGCUUAGGUCUAUGUGGUCUCUGCGACGCGGCAGGGUCCCGCUUGACCUUGCAGUUCGAGACAGGCUCCAUGUAUCGCAUCUCGCUACCGCCACUGACGUGCUCCACGCUGGUCACGCGAUGCUACACCGCACUUAGAGCUAUACUACCUAAGGAUGUUACUAUGCAGGUCAUAAUCAAAUGGUACGGCGUACGCAACGCCCCCGGCACACAAGACCUAACUCCCGAACAAGAAUGGUCGAUGUUCUCGAACCUUCUACUCUCUCUCAUCGGCUACGACGUAGAACGACUGAACACUAAACAAAAUGAUGACGCAGAACCAGAGGUCGCUACUAAGAAACAGAGAGCAUCCAGUGACGGGUCACCAGAUGACUGGAAUUAUUUGCUAAAUUCCAAAAUGCAUAAAGCUAUAGGACAUUCUCUAACCAUGCUCAAAUUACCCAUACCAAACUCAGAUGGCUACAGAAAGGGAAAACGAACAAGCAUUGAACCGGAAAAAACUAGUUCUUUUAACACCAAUUCUGUAUUAUUCCCUUAUGUGUUACAAGUGUUGUACUCCUUACAUUUGGUUUACGAAGAAAUUAAGUUAAAUACUCUUUUGUGGAGCAAUUUGAGGCCGCUAUCAAACUUCUUGUAUCAGAUCUCAAAAGAUUUGAAACUCGAUGCAUAUGUCAAUCAUUACUGGCUGGAUUUUCCAACCGAUUUGAAUUUGGAAUACGAAGAAGAGUCUCAGAUAAAUGAGGGUAGUUUGAAGAAGUUGAGUGAACCAGUGUAUUUUAGUAGAGAACCGCCGAAUGUGUAUUCGUACUUGAAUUCAAUGUUGAAAGAUCUGGAUGUGGGCUACUAUCCUUAUUUAGCGGAUGUUAAUAAUAUGUCCAGGGAUAUCAUUGAGAUUCUAGCAAUAGUAGGCUGUGGCCGAAGUGCAGGUGUACAAACUAUAUCACACCGGGAUACUGUGACUGCCAGCAGCACUCCUCGCGCCCGGAGAGACUACAGCAGCCACGCUUCGCCCUACUGCCAUGCCGUCAUCACUGCCUGCGACAAAGGUAUAACCCUACGCGACAUAGACAACCUACCCCCCGCCAUAGGCCUACUCCUCCUCACAAUAUUCAGUCGUUGCAAGAGUUCUCCCCCAGCGGACUGGCCACCGGCGGCGUAUAACUUGGUGAUGAGGGAGGAUUUAGCUCAUCAGGCAGAAGUGGCCCAUACUAUGAAGACUGCUUCUGAUUAUAUGGAGUUCAUAGCUCUAGAGGUGCUGGAGAAAGACACAGUAUACACUCUAGCGUCUCGUCCAGUGGAGCGCGUGAGGAGCAACCCGGAGGACGCGGACGUCAUCACCGGCAUGGAACAUCUUAACACUCAGCUGCUGAGUCUAUUGUACCCCAGGGAUCAUAGAAUGACAGAAGUAAUAAACCUCCUCCAAUCGUCGAUCCCCGUGAACAUCAACUUGACGCAGCGGCCCGAGGUGUCCGACCACGACUUUAUUGAAGAACAGGAGAAGUAUUUAUAUGCCAUCAGCACUAGGACCAUGGCACUGCCUAUUGCAAGAGGCAUGGCAAGCCUCCGCACCGUCCCCUGCGGCGCCACAGAGGCCGUAGAGGUUCCACGUGUUUGUGUAUGGGGGCGGUGGCGGGGGCGGGGCGCGGGGGAGGCGGCGGGCGCGGGGGCGUGGCCCGCCUUCCACAAUGGCGCCGCCGCGGGGCUGGCACUUGUACCGUUACAUGGAUUUACUAUAGAUUCGGAGUGGGUUAUCUAUAAUAAGCCUAGGGGUACAGCCGAGAUGUCGACGGAACACGCGGGGUUCCUGAUGGCGUUGGGCCUGAACGGGCACCUGCGGGACAUGCCCUUCAUGAACAUAUACGAGUACCUCGUCAAGUGCAACGAGAUGAUCAGCGUCGGCCUACUGCUCGGCCUAGCUGCUACUUAUAGAGGAACCAUGGACGUCCAAGCGACCAAAAUGAUGAGCAUCCACCUGGAACCACUCCUACCUCCUACAUCCAUAGAGCUGGACAUUCAGCAGAACAUUCUAGUGGCGGCACUGCUGGGCGUAGGACUUAUAUACCAGGCCACUGCGCAUACCCACUACACGCAGGUGCUGCUCAAUGAGAUCGGCAAACCCCCCGGUCCUGAAAUGGAGAACUGCGUAGAACGUGAAGGCUAUGCCCUCGCAGCGGGCCUAGCCCUAGGCUUCGUAUGCGCAGGUGCCGGGGCGGGCUCGGGUGGAGCCCAGCCCGCACACGUGCGGACAGCGCAGAGGCUGAGGACCUAUAUGUUGGGAGGAGAUAAGGUGCCUCUUACUGGUUCUCAAAAAGAAAAAUACAAGCUCGGUUCCUUCGCCAUCCGUGAAGGUGCAACCGUCAACCUAGACGUGACAUCUCCCGGUGCAACAUUGGCCUUAGGCCUGAUGUACCUGAGGUCCAACAACGCAGCACUGGCAGGAUGGCUGGAGCCGCCUAGAACUGCCUACCAGCUGGACUUCGUGCGACCUGACCUGCUGAUGCUCAGGGUCAUCGCUAGAGGUCUAGUACUAUGGGACAGUAUAGAGCCGACAGAGGACUGGGUGGAGAGUCAGGUGCCGUCCACCAUCAAACCGUACUGCUUCGUCAAGCCGACCGAAGAUAACAUCGAUUAUGAGGCUAUGAACCAAGCAUACUGCAACAUCAUAGCAGGUGCUUGCUUUGCCAUGGGCCUUCGUUUUGCUGGCUCAGGCGACGAGGAUGCUAAGGACACCGUGCUACACUACGCCAAGCUGUUCAUCACUGUGGGCGGCAAGAGUGUGUCGGAGCUAGCUGGCCGGUCUACACUGGAGGCUUGUCUGUGUGUCUGCUUGCUCGCUGCCGGGAUGAUAAUGUGUGGUCGCGGCGACAUCGACGUGCUCCGUGUCUGCAGACGCCUGCGCGCGCGCACGCCGCACGCCGCACCGCACGCCGCGCACUCCACACAUGCGCCGCCACUCACACAUGGCGGACAGAUGGCAGUCCACUGCACAAUAGGCCUGCUAUUCCUGGGAGGAGGUCGAGCCACGCUCAGUACAUCGGCUACAUCCGUCGCCGCGCUGUUAGCUGCGUUCUUCCCUAAGUUUCCUACUCAUAGCGAGGAUAAUCGGUACCACUUACAAGCGUUCAGACAUCUUUAUGUGUUGGCUGUGGAAGCGAGAUUAAUAUUACCCAGAGAUAUUAGUACUGAAAAACUCUGCUACGCUCAUAUACAGGUGAUUGAUCUAAAUAACGUAGUGAAAGAAAUGAAAGCGCCGUGUAUAAUACCGGAGUUGGAUACACUGAAAGAGGUGAAGAUUAACGACCCGCGGUAUUGGCCCAUUACCUUCCAGAGAGACCGCAAUUGGGAUCAGUUGAAAUUAUUCCUCGAAUAUUCGUGGUGCAUAGACAUAAAACAACGUGCCGGCUGCCUGUCAUACCUCGCCGACCCGCAAGGCUUCCUCACCAUAUUGGCGCAAACACUCACACUCGACAAGGCCAACAUUUGGUCAACCAACACAGACAAUAUCGAUCUCUUUACCAACGAUGAUAAGGUUCAAAACUUCGUCAAGCAAUACCUCUUCAAAGAUGUUGGAACCAAUGUUUGUGCUGACUGUUUGGUUAUUGGUAAGAAGAAGAAGAAAGAUGUGGUGUUCAGUAAUCAGUGUCAAUGUAGGCAGUAUACGAAGGAAGAGAGGGAACAUUUGCAAACGUUGGGCAUGGUGACCUAUGAGUGUGUGGUCAAGGAUAUAUUGUGUGCGCUGCCCAUUUGGACUACUUUUUUGAAGAUUAUAAAAACAAUGAAACCCGACCCAUCAUCGUACCACAUUUGGCAGAUAAAGCUCCUUCUAUCACAAAUCGAGAGUCACAACAAACGUACUAUGAACGAAAUGAAGAUCGACGGACAAGAGUCGACCAACGAACCGUUAAUAUCCAGCGAAUUCACUCUGGCUAUCAAACAGAAAGUUUCUAAUAUAUUUGAUUCUUGGGAAAGUAGAUUAACCCCGUUUCUAAGGAAAUAUCUUGGUCUGCCCAGUAGUAGGAAGAUUAGUGCGUGUGAUGAUGAUGUUAAGAAGAUUUUGAGCGGCUUUCUGGUUUAUCAUGAUCUGCCGAAAGGUGCUUUGAAAGAGGCUUUGGGUGAUGAGGCCCUCUCAGUCCUGCUACAACUGGACAGUGUCCCCGUAGAGGGGUCCAGAUGGGUGUUGCAGCUGCUGAGCUGAUGCAGCGCCCCGCGGUACCGCACCCGGGCCAGCUGCCGACAGGCUUGCAUGCACAAUCACUAGCAUACUGAUACAUAAGGAUGAAUAUAUGGAAUACAAUACAGAGAUAAGAAAAAUACAUGCAGACAAGCAGGUCUUAACUGUAACUAGUAAGGGAAUAAAGAAUAUUUGGACACAAUGUAGAAACACUGAUGAGAAUAUUAUACAUAAAUAAUAAAUUAUUAAUGAACUCUAUACAAUGUAUUAAGCAGUACAUAAUUGAUAAUUUUUAACCAAGUUUGGCCGACCAUGUCUCGAUUGUCUUAGAACCGAUUUGUACAAUUCUCUUAUGUUUAUUCAGGCUUUUAUUCUGCUGGCUUCAUUAAUGGGCUCAGCUGUAGUUUUACGCAUUCAACUCUUGUAAGAAAGUAAAUCAUUAUAUGCUGUCCAGUUUCAUUAACUUGAUUAUAUAGCUAAACACACGUUCACCCAGUGUUUAAAUAUUCUAUGUAGUAACACUGAAUAUGUUUUGUAAUUGCAAUAUUAUGCAGUAUUCAUAUUAACCUACCAAAUAUAUUCUACUACAAAAAUGUGUACAGUACAAAGUACAGUAUAUUCUCAUAUCUAGUAAUAUGACUUACUUGCAUAAGGAAAAUGUGAUACUU